AUGGCCAACGUAGCCGGAACUUCCAUGAUCGACGACGUUUUUCCGGCGACCCUAGACAAAGUACUGAAAUUAAUGAUCAAGAGGCCGAAGAAUUCGAGGAGUAAGAGAGAGAAAGAGGAAGAAGAAGAGAUACUGGUGACAGAGAUAGAGGUGGAGAGAGAUGUGUUUGCCAAGUUUGAUGUGUUUGUGAACGAUGAAGAUGAGGCGAUGAGUGGACCCGACAAGACUGAGUUUGCAGGGAGCUUUGUGCAUAUGCCCCAUAAGCAUAACCAUGGGAAGAAGAUAAAGACAAAUCUGAGGUUAGGGAUAACUGAGCUUUUGGAGGGUUUGGGUGCUGAAGAUGAUGAGAGAGUUCUGGUGACUUUGGUGCCAAGAAAUGGGUGUAACAGUGUUACCAUUGGUGGUAUCAAGAUUGAGCUCCAUGAUUGA